AUGAAUUCUCAUCAACAACAAACAACACAUCUGACUUUGAAGACGGCCAAGCACCCCAAUGUAGAGACGGCGUUGUACACGUGGUUCCUGCAGCAGAGGACCAAAAAUGUGAACAUUUCGGGCGAAAUCCUGCAAGAAAAGGCGAAAUUUUUUUACGAAGAAAUUACGGGACUUUGCGGCAAGUUCUGGUUGCUUAGGCCUUUAAAUAUCCAUGAAAAUUUGGGCGAUGAAUACGAUGACGAAGAAGACUUGAUGCCAUUAGCAGAACUAAGGAGAAGAGCGAUAUCAGAUGAGCGAGAAUUUGAAGAAAUGACGGUUCUGAUGAAUGUCAUCUCAUCAGGACCGGAUCUUGCAGCGAAUGAAGUUAGAACAUGGGCCUUGGGCGACGCAGCUGAAAAUGAGCAAAUAACAUUUUCUGAUGAAGAUUUGGUAAACAUUGCAUUAAGCGGCAACAACGAUGACACCCCUGAAGACGCUGAAGAUUAUGAAAAUUUAGCAGUUGAAAAUGAAGAUACUAAUGAAAACGACGUUACUGAUGCCAGUGGAAAUUCUCCUUAUCCUCUCCCAAAUGAAGACAAAGGUAAUUCAAAUCCAUCAAAUGAUUCCUCAGAUUCACAGCCAAGCCAAGCAAAGCGUUGUGCUGCAACUCCAGACAACGCCUCUGAUGAUCAUCCACAGCACCCAAAUCAAGAAGAUAUAUCGAACUUUAUAGAACCCCUGCCAAGUGUUUAUGACGAUUACGACAGUAGCGAUCACAUUCCUUUGUCCAAACUAAAGCAACAUAACAAUAAUAUCGAGUCAAACACUGAAUUAAAUGUAGUCUGCUCCACAACACUUAAUGAGACAUAUACAUCUUUGUGUCAAAUGUUAAAAACUCCAGAGAAAACGUCAAGCCCAAAAACUGCUCCGAGGGCAAAAGCUAUCAAUAGUCUCGCACAGGCGCUAACAAAAUCAAUGUUUACAGAUAAAAAUAACAUGUCAGGGCCAUCCAAUGCUCCUAAACAAAAAAUAGAAAAUAUACCAGGCCCAUUUAAAGUGGCUUACCAAAAAAGAAAAUAUUCUGCUAAAAGGAACAACAGUGAAGCAGUAACUCCGAAGAAGGUUUCUAAACAGUCACGUGGUAAAGGACAAUCUGAAAGAUCUAAAGAUUCAUGGUACUGUUAUGUUUGCAAUGAGGACAGAAUAGCAGACAUGAGAAUAUGCUUUUUAUGUGAAACAUAUGUCCAUGAGGACUGUGUUGGAUUAACAAAAGAAGAUACAGAUAAAUUUGUAUGCACUCGGUGCAGUCUGGACUAG